AGACUCCAUCCCCAGCCCAUCUGACUCCAUUUAGUCCCCUCCUCUGGGAGGAGGCUGAGGUCUGGGAAUAAAAUCAGAGCAGACACCAGAGGAGCCCAGCUUGGCAGCAGCUUCAGAGACAAACCUCCUCUCCAGAGGAAGAGCCUAGCCCACAGCAGAGACCAUGGAACUCACCUCAGCCCCUCUCCACAAAGGACAGGUCUCCUGGAGAGAACUCCUGCUCACAGUCUCUCUUUUAACCUACUGGAACUCUCCCACCACUGCCCUGUUCGUCACUGUUGAAGCAAUUCCACCCAUUGUUGCUGUAGGAAAUAGUGUUCUUCUAGUUGUCCACGAUAUGCCAUUCGAUUACGGUUUGUUUUCCUGGUUCAAGGAAGUAAACUCUGUGAAGAAAUUUAUAGCCUCAUGUACUCCUCGGCCGAAUUCAAUAGCACUUCAGCCUGAAUUCCGUGAUCAAGUGGAAAUGUACCAAAAUGGAUCACUGCUCAUCAGGAAUGUCAGUAAGAAUGAUGCAAGAGGCUACAACGCAAAACUAAAGAAUAGAAUGAAUCGUGAUUUUUUUUAUCUCGUGCAUUUUCAAGUAUACUAUCCUGUGACUACACCAUCCAUCCAAGUCAACAAAACCAUAGAAAAAGACCUGGUCUCUGUGUUCCUAAAGUGCCCUACAAUCGACAUUGAUAACUCUGUCAGAUGGUUCUUCAAUGGCCAGAGUCUGAGGAUCACCAAUACGAUGACACUGAGCCAGAACAACAGAACCCUCGAAAUAGUCCCUGCCAGGAAUAAGGAUUCAGGGAACUAUCAGUGUGAGGUAUCCAAUCCACUCGGUUCCAAGAUAAGUGACCCAUUCCAGCUGGAUGUAAUAGAGCCAGUGACUCCACCCUCCAUCCAAGUCACCAACUCCACAUUCAAAAAUAUGAUGUCUGUGUUCCUGACCUGCUUGUCAAACGACACUGGGAUCUCCAUCCAUUGGCUCUUCAAUGGUCAGAGUGUGGAGCUCACAGAGAGGAUGAAGCUGUCACAGAACAACCGCACCCUCCUAAUAUACUCUGCGAGGAGUUCGCAUUCCGGGGACUAUCAGUGUGAAGUAUCCAAUCAAGUCAGUUCCAAGAGGAGUGACCCCAUCCAGCUGGACAUAAUAGAACCAGUGACUAAACCCUCCAUCCAAUUCACCAACACCACAGUCAAAGGCCUGACCUCUGUGAUCCUGAAGUGCUUGUCAAAUGACACUGGGAUCUCAAUCCAUUGGCUCUUCAAAGGCCAGAGUCUGAGGAUCACCAAUAGCAUGAGGCUGUCCCAGAACAACAGCACCCUGGAAAUAGACCCUGCCAGGAGUUUGAAUUCCGGGGACUAUCAGUGUGAAGUAUCCAAUCAAGUCAGUUCCAAGAGGAGUGACCCCAUCCAGCUGGACAUAAUAGAUCCAGUGACUCCCCCCUCCAUCCAAGUCACCAACACCACUGUCAAAGAUAUGAUCUCUGUGUUCCUGACCUGCUUGUCAAAGGACACUGGGAUUUCCAUUCAUUGGUUCUUCAAAGGUCAGAGAGUUGAGAUCACAGACAGGAUGAAGAUGUCCCAGAACAACAGCACCCUCCAAAUAGUCUCUGUGAGGAUUGAGGAUUCCGGGGACUAUCAGUGUGAAGUAUCCAAUCAAGUCAGUUCCAAGAGGAGUGACCCCAUCCAGCUGGACAUAAUAGGUGAACAUCGACCUUCAUUAUGGGGUAUUAUUGCCCAAUGUCUGAUGGGGCUGAUUGCAGUAAUGUUUUUACUGGGUUUCCUGUGGCGCAGACGUCGUGGCAGGGAGCCACAAAAUGAGAACGACAUUAAACAGGUGGACAAUGAGUCAACCAACCUCAAUGAGCCAACCAACCUCAAUGAAACCUCAAAAGAAGCCUCAAAUGUGAAACCUCAAAAGAAAAAGAAGGCAAAAGUAAAUUCUCAUCCAAAGUACCACCCCCAGCACCAGUUAGAAAACAGCUAA